AUGUUUAACUAUAAGUUCAGCAAUCUUCUGGGGGCUCCUUAUAGCUGUGGACGUGCAAAUCUUUCUUUUGAUAGACCUGGAAGAUGUUUAUAUGCCCCCAGCAGCAACAGGGUUUGUCGCUAUACUUUAGACAGUACUCCUAUUCGUUCAAGCAGCAGCAGCAGCAGCAGCAACAGCAGCAGCAGCAGCAGCAGCAGCAGCGGUGGGGGUGCACGUAAUGCGUUUGAUACGCAAGGAAAUGCUGAAAAUAUUUCAGGUGUCGAUACACCUGAAAGCAGCCGCGUGUUUACAUAUCCUUUUGAAGCUCGAGUAGACAUUGCGCACUACUGUAUUUCUUCUGAUGGUUUAUUAGCGAUUUCAAUUGAUAUUUGGAGGUCUCCGCAUGCAUGCAGAGGAUAUCAGCUUGAACUGCUGCAUUCUUUUGUUUUGCAUCAACAACAAAUAAAUUGUUUAUGCUGGAGCCCUGACUCUCUUCAUCUUCUUUCAGGAGGAAAGGACUGUACUGUGCGGCUGUGGAGAGCCCGCAACAAAUGGGGUGUACGUACAGCUCAACUAGAUGCAGCAGCAGCAACGGGCAGCAACAGCAGCAGCAGCAGCAGCGGCAGCAGCAGCAGCAGCGGCAGCAGAGAAGCAGCAGAACAGGCUUACAGAGAUGCUGUUGAUGCAGCAUUUACUCCUUCUGCGUUUUUAUCUCACCGACAUGAAGUAAAGUUUGUUUGUUUUUCUGCUUGUUUAACUCGCGUAUACUCUGUUAAUAGAGAAGGCUGCAUCAUUGUAUGGGUCUGGAAGCCCCUAGCAGAAGCAGAAGAAGCAGCAGCAGCAGCAGCAGCAGCAGCAGCUGAUGAAGAUCAGGCCAACCCAGAGGCAGCAGCAGCAGCAGCAGCAGCAGCAGCAAUGAAGAGCGCUGCACGCCCUAUAAAUCCUUCAUACUUUCAGCAGCGGCGUGAGGCAAAGCGUCGAGGUGAUAAUGGAUCUGCUGCUGCUGCUGCAGCAGCAGCAGCAGCAGCUGCUGCUGCUGCUGCAGGGUGUACGUACACCUCAGCAGCACCAGCAGAUGAGUUUAUUGACUAUUCUAAAGGUUUAUAUUCUCUGCCUGAUUUGUUUGUUAUUGUUAAACUUUCGCUAGGAAUUGCUUCUUUAGACAGCAUUUGCUUAUCCUUCGACGGGGAGUGGAUUGCUGCAGCAGCAGCAGCAAACAGCAUUAUUAUUGUAUGGGAGUGGCGGAGCGAAACAUAUGUAUUAAGACAGCAGAGCAGCAGACAGGGUUUGAGCUGCGUUGGUUUCUCUCCUGCAGCAGAUGCAGCAGCAGCAGCAGCAAACAGGGUGGGUGCUGCAGCAGCAUCAGGAGGAGCAGCACAGCAGCAGCUAGCAACAGGGUUUGUAGGCCCCCUCGGGGGCCCCCAGACAGCUUUAGGCUUGGGCAGUAAUAAAGCAGUGAUUGCGACAGGCAGCAUCGAUGGUUUUAUAAAGGUGUGGGAUGCGGACAGCGGCUUCUGUCUUAAAACAUUUGCUGCGCAUGCAGCAACAGUCUCCGCUAUUUGCUUCUCACCAACAGGAAAUGCAUUAUUCUCUGCUUCACUAGACGGCACUGUUAAGGGCUUCGAUCUUAUCAGGCUCAAACCCUUCAGGGUUUAUACAGCAGGAAGUUCUUCGCAGGCAGCUGUGGGGUUUGGGGACGCCGGCUAUGAAAGCGGUUUGCAGUUCAGGUGUAUAAGCAUAGACAGCGGAGGAGAGAUAUUAGCAGCGGGGGCUCAAGGCGUUUGUUUUUCUGUUUUUGUUUGGAGUGUACGAACAGCUAAACUCUUAGAAGAGCUGGCUGCUCAUGAAGCACCUGUUGUCUCGCUGCAGUUUCAUCCUCAUCCUGAUAAGCAGGGGAUUCUUGCUACAGGCAGCUGGGAUAAAACUGUUAGAGUAUGGGACAUCUUAGGUCGGCGUGGUCGUGGGGGAUCGCCUGAAGUGUUGAUGCAGACAGGCGGUGUUUUAUGUUUAGCGUUCUCAAAAGCAAAAGGUUUAUUAGGGGUUGGCGGCGACGCAGGUAGACGCGUGAUGGGUUUAAUAGCGGGUUUGGACUUGAAUUGCGGCAUCCCUAUCCAGGAAUAUGAUUUGUCUGAUGAAGACGACGACUUCAAUGAGGGGGAAAGAGAGAGAAAAAGAAUUCGCAGCGGAGGGUUUGUGGGGAACUACGGAUUGAUGGAUUUGGGCUCAGCGCCUCCAUUUUUAACUCGAAAUGUUACGACGAAAAAUAUUGCAAAGGCGCUCGACAAAGAAGAAUUCGCUAAGGAGAACUCGGGAGGCUCUGGGCAGCGACAGACAUUGACAAAAACCAGAGUGAAGACCAACGCAAAGCAGAGGCCUUCAAUCGCCUCUCCCGCAUUUCAAUAG